AACAUAAUUGAAUAAUAUUGUGUGUUGUUUAAAAAUAUCCCUUUUUGUCUCAUGCCAAAGGACAAGCUCAAAACCAGCCUAAAUCUCUUGUGGUUAACUAUGUCGCUAUCUAUGGGAGUUUUAUCCACAUGCGUUUCUUCUAUAUGCACAGAGGUUGUCUUACACAUGCGGGUGUUGAGUUUUUUUUACUAAAUUGAAUACUAUUUCAACAAUGUGAGAGCGAUGCAAACAUAAAGCAGGAUCAAAAGAACCAUUUAGAGCCAACAUACUUGGCCGCUAGAAUCGUCUCUCUGCUUAUUUUGGCACGACGAAAAGGUCGACGACACAGGACCUAUCAUUUCCUCAAGGGUCGUCUGCCAGCUUUGUUGUAGUUCGCUGACAGGCAGGAUCACACCCUGCAAAUCCAAACCAAAAAUGGACAAAAUGCAGGUGGGGGAGAAAGGAGAAAGAUGAGAUUAAUUUGGGACCUGGACCCAGGCGCGCUGGAAGUGGAUGUCGGAGAGCAUCUGCGUGGCGGAGCAACCCUCAAAGCAUGGCGCCUCGCUGCAGCCGGCGAGAUGGGAGCCAAAGAUCUUCAGCGCAGACACCUUCUACUAUGGCCCUCCCUCGUCCGCUACCAUGUGCCCCAUUCCAUGGACGAUGAGUGUCUCCAAUCUCCGGCGUGCCACCACUCCCAUUGUCUGUUGUGCUCCGACUGCGGCUGUGACGACACCUUCUGCUUUGGCCAUCUCACCUCAACGUCCUUGCGUCCCACUCCACCGUGUACCUAUCCCGCUCCUCAAUUCAUCCAAUCCCGCCUCGAGCCGGCCAUGCACCGGCGCGCCGCCACCGCCGUGCCCAGGGAGUUGGAGGAGGGUGGAUUAAAUGUUCAAGCAUCUGCUCGCCUCCACGAGCUGGGCGAGGCAGGGAGCUCGAGGGCGCAGGGUUGGUACGGGCGGGGCGGGGAGCUAGGGGCGGAGGGUUGGUGCGAGCAGGGCAGGGAGUUGUUGGCGGAGGGUUGGUGCGGGCGGCAGAAGAAGGGGCCGGCCCCGUACGAGGGAUGGGUCGCGGCCUCCCGAGCGAGGGCGAGAGAAGCAUCGAGAAGGUUCUAGGGCAAGACUGUGGAGGGGGAGUGCUCAACGAGGGGUGGAGGCCAGUGCCCCGUUGAUUAGAAAUCGAACGUGUCAGAACACUCUGGGCGACGUGGACAUCGCGAGAGAGCUCGGUUUGAACCGGCUUUCAUAUAUA